AUGAAAAAACGAAGGUUGACAGCACGGACAACCAUACUGUUCCCCACCAAUGGAUCCUGGAAUCCGGUUAUCACAUCUUCAGAUAUUGACACUCUGAUAUCAAAUGUGGGAAGAACAUUUACAGCCACAUAUCCAUCGAACGGACCCUGGGCUCCUCCUAUGGCUAUGAAUGCGUCAAAUGUAACCCAAGAACAACAUUAUUUUCACUGUAACACUUGUGAGAUAAAAAUUAAACACAAAGUUUCAUAUAUAUUACAUAAAAGUCUUCAUGAUACAAAUAUCCCUUUUAAAUGCUCAAGCUGUAAUAAAAUAUUUUAUGAUGGACCAACUUUCCUUCAACAUACCUGUUUGUUUUAUUGUGAUUAUGAGUGAUUUAAAGUGACUGAUUUAAAGUGACUGCAAACCACCCCCCAACUGGCCAAAAAAUCUUUCAAAAUCAUGCAGUUUUUCACCAUUCUGAGC